UCCACACAUUUCAAUAGACGCGAUCGUACCGACUGGACAUCGGUCCAGAGUAGCAGGGCGCGGUGUUUAGCAAAGAUGGAGUGCCGCGGAAGGUUGGUCCUGUUGUGUUUGAGUGCGUUGGUGGCUGCUGGAGCCGCUGACCUGGGGGUCGGCAUGAAGCUGCUCGGCAGGAUGUACGACAACUGCCAGCGGUCGCAGGAGAUCGUCAAGUGUUUCAAGAUCCAGGCGGCCAAGCUCGCCGACCGCGCUGCCAGGAUGGAAUCUCUCCCCAUCUUUGAGGGCGUCGCCCUUGUCCAGCGACCGGAUUUAGGCCGCUCCAUGCCCUCUUCCAUCCCUGAAGGUGACCUCAACUCCCUCAGUUCAUCCCAGGUAGACAAACUCCUUGAGAUCACCACUUCGAAGCUGUUGAGCAGCCAUCGUCUGUUCAUUUCGCCUGCGACAGCCGGCACCGAUAUGGGACGAUCACUGGGCGAAGCCAGGAGCAAGCUGAAGAAGAUGAUUGGUCCGAUCAUUGCUGGUGUGGCGCUGAAGGGAGGUUUCCUCGCUAUCGCAUUCCAGGCCAUCGCUCUCAUCGCUGGUAAGGCUCUGCUGAUUGGUAAGAUCGCCUUGUUGCUGUCCGCGAUCAUUGGUCUGAAGAAGCUUGUCUCCGGUGGUGAAGCUCACGAGAAGACCACUUACGAGAUCGUGAAGCACCCUCAGGUGUCCCAGAGCCAUACGUACUCGUCGUCUCACUACGGUAAUGACUUCGACACCACCGGCCCUGGAGGCCACUACAGGAGGAGCGUUGAAGACGAAGCUGCAGCUCAAGACAGGGCGUACAGGGCAUACGCCCAGAAACAAUAAACAGAUGAAGGAAGGAAAUCUUACGACUUUUACAUCAGACAACGACGACUCGGCAAUAUAUUAUGACAUGCACCGUACAUAAUUACCUCCAAAACGUAAUUUAAGUUUUGGCCCUUUUGCACACGCAAUAGGAAACAAAAAAAUAUUUAUUAUUAUUUAUAGAGAUGCGUAGUAAAAAAACGACACUAGUAUAAUCAAGUUAAUGGUAAAAAGGUUAAACACUUAUUUAUUGUUUAUUUAAAAAGUGCAUGCUUAAUUUAUAAACGCAUAUUUAAAACUAUAUCAUAAUGAUAAAUAUAUAGCCAAUGUAUGUAUUUAUGUGUGUACAUAUUUAACAUAAGGUGCAUGGUAUUGUAAUCAAUUUUGUAUGAUAAAUUAAGGUAGUUUACGUAUUUGAUAAUGUUUAAAUGUAUAAUCAAAUGCACCAAAAACUAUUUUAGUUAAAAUAAGAUAUGAUACUAAUUUAUUGUAAGUUAAAAGUAGUAUUAUCUUAGGCUAGUCGACGGGUACUGUGCAUUUUACUUCUUUACGUUCAUUUGUCCAGUUUUGUAAAAAUAGAAUAAGUUUUUAAUUAGUUUUAAGUAUUUAUAUUUUAACUCAACGGUGCUUAACAUAUUAAGUAGAAACAAGUUUUUAAGCAAUAUAUUAUUUCAUAUAUUAUUUUUUCAUAUAUGUAUACGUUAUAUUUAUAUUAUAUUGUCGUCAUAACGACAUGGUGGUUACGCGAGUACCUUUAUAAAUAACACAUAAUAAUUAUGUAUUACAAAAUAACAUUUUGUACUGACAACAACACUGUAUAGAAAUAUGUAAGCUUAAUAAAUUAAAUUUAUUUUUCCAUGAAAAGAAAUCUAGGCGAAAAACCAACGAGAUUAAAUGGA